AUGGGGAAAGAAAUGAGCCGAGCGAAGUUCAUCAUACCAGAACCUCAACCUUCUUUGAGCAUUGUUGGGAUCCUCCGGGAAGCCCUCAAAGUUACCAUUAGAAAUGGGAAGGUCAUGAUGUCAAUCUUGCUUCCUGUGUUUAUUUCUCUCUCUCUAUUGGCAGUGGGUGCUCAUCUAGCAUCAGUGCCGAUAUUGACAGAUUUAUUGUCCAAGAUGGCACUUGUGACCCAGGAAGAGGAACCAGUCAGGGGUGAAGUUGCUGAAACUUUGGGGCUAGGUAUUGUUAAAGAUGUUCGGAGGUUGCUGGUGCUGCAAUUGGUAGUGCUGGUUUUUUCAUGUGUCGUCUUACUGAAUUUCUCGGUGGCUACAAUAUCCUCUUCUUUUGAAGCCUACACCGGGAAAAUCUUGAACCUUAAAGAUAUGCUUUUAACAAUCAGAAAAAGUUGGAAAAGGGCCAUUGUCACUACUUUUUUUAUGACAAUCAUCUUUUUGUCAAUCAUGGCACUCAUCUUGAUCUUACUCGGGUUUGUCUGGGUGAUGAGUAAGGGUGUUUAUCUGAUUCUUCUAACCGUUGCUGUGGUCAUUCUAGGCACAUGUUGUUAUGUUUAUAUUGCCUCUGUUUGGAUGUUGAGCAUGGUGGUUUCAAUAGUAGAAGAUGAUUCGAGUGGGCUAAGGGCCAUUGACAGAGCUGGAGAGCUCAUGAAAGGCAAAAGGAUUCAAGGUUGUGUCAUAAUGCUGCCCUUAACUCUCAUUAUUGGAGCCAUUUAUAGGACACCUUUAGGCAUGAUCGAAAAGAUUGACAAAAUUACUUUUACACCUAUGAUCAUCAGGAUUGCUGGCAUUUGGUUAAUCUGUGUGGUGAAACUCUUCAUGUUUGUGGUGUACAGUGUCUUCUACCAUGAAUGUAAAAAGGCUAAAGAUGAAUUGGGUUGGUAUGCUCCUGUUGCUCCUGAAGAAGCUUAG